CGCGAGUUGUGGGAGGCCCCAUGCUGCAUACACAGUAGCCCAUACCAGUCUUGUAAACCGAUAGUCAAAAAACAGAUGCUGUAUCAUUUCAUUCUCAUGACAGAAACAAUAUUGUUGAUUUCGGUGUCAGUUUCGUUUGGCCAAGUUAUCUUCACGCUUAAGGUACCAGAGAAAGAGGAGCGAUAUAUAUAACAACACUGAACCUCAGGUAAGUGCAUAUGUUUGUAGCACUCGCGCCGCCUCCGUCCACCGCAAACCACUCCCUGCUGCACGGCUGCAACGAACUGAUGGCGGUGGCGACGGUGAGCGCCUUCUCCGGGGCGAUGGGAUCGGUCCUCGCCAAGCUCGCCGCCUUGCUGGCGGAUGACUUCAAGCUGGCCAAGGGUGCGAAGAAGGACAUCGUCUCCCUGAGGGACGAGAUGAGCACCAUCAACGCCUCGCUCAUGGUGCUGUCCGAGAUGGAGGAGCCCAUGGACGCGCCGCACAGGGAGCUGCGCGACAAGGUGCGGGAGCUGGCCUACGACAUGGAGGACUGCCUGGACGUCUCCAUGCACCGCCUCGGCGAUGCUAGCGGCAAGGCCGGCCUUCUCGGCGAGCUCAAGACGCUCGGGGCGCGCUACAAGAUCGCCACGCUGAUCCGAGCCCUGACGGAUCGUGUGGCGGCGCUGGGCGACCGACGCAAGCUGGUGCUCCAGCUGCCUGAGCGUCCUCCGUCUCGCGCUGUGCGCGUCGACCCCCGGAUACAGGCGCUCUACGCUGAUGCCGCCAACCUCCAAGGCAUCGGCGGCCCGAGGGAGAAACUCGUGGAGCUGCUCCAGGACGGGACACCUCAACUGAAGGUGGUGUCUAUCGUGGGGUUCGGGGGGAUUGGCAAGACAACUCUCGCCAACCAGGUUUACACUACCAUCCAGGGCAAAUAUGAUCUCAAAGCUUUUGUGUCGGUCUCCCGGACCCCCAACCUGGCCAAAAUUUUGUCAGAUAUAGAGAGACAAUUUUUUGGAUAUUAUUGUGAUUCAAGCCAAGAUGAGAGCGAACUCAUCGACUCACUCCGGAUGUGGCUAGAAGACCAAAGGUACCUCAUCGUGAUUGAUGAUAUAUGGGACAUAGAAGCAUGGAACAUUCUAAAGAAUUGUUUUAUUGACAAUAAUCGUGGCAGUAGAGUUAUAACAACUACACGUGCUGAAGAUACGGCAAAGGAAUGUUGUUCUAGUUCCCAUGACUGCGUGUACAGGAUCAAACCUCUUAGUGAUGUUGCCUCAAGGAGAUUAUUUUACAGAAGGAUUUUUCAUUCAGAAGAUGCUUGUCCCGAGCAACUGAAAUGUAUUUCCAACGACAUUUUAAAGAAAUGUGGAGGGUUGCCAUUAGCCAUACUUACUAUAGGCAGCAUGUUGGCUAGACAACAGGAGGUCCGCUCAAUGGAAAUUUGGGAAAAGAUAAUGCAUUCUUUUCGCUUCCAUCUGGAAACAAGCCCUGCUUUUGAUUGGAUGAGGCAUGUGUUUAAUCUUGGCUACAAUGAUUUAUCUCUGGACCUUAAGACAUGUAUGCUAUAUCUUGGUAUAUUUGCAGAAGAAGACAAAAUACUUAAGGCUGAUUUGCUGAGGAGAUGGAUUGCUGAGGGUUUUAUUACUGAAAGGCAUGGUGACUGCCAAGAGGAGAUUGCAGAAAGUUACAUUAAUGAACUCAUUAACAGAAAUAUGAUUCAAAUAGCCGAGUUCGAUGACUGUGGUGACGUAUUUUCAGUAAGAAUGCAUGAUCUGUUGCUUGAAUAUAUCAUACUGAAGUCCACGGAAGAAAACUUCAUCACUUAUAUUAAUGAUGACAAGCAUAGCACGAAAGGCUCUUUUGAAGUUCGUCGGCUAUCUGUUCAAGUCAGAAACUCAGAAAGUUGUGCCGUGCUGGAAAACAUGGCUCUCACCCAGGCUAGGUCAUUUAACUUGUGGUCCCCUGCCCAGUGGCUGCCUUCACUAAAAAAAUUUCGGCUUUUGCGAGUUCUACAUCUUGAUAUCUUUGGUUCCAAGGACAGGCAGUAUGACAUGUCUUCUGUAAGCAGUUUGUUCCAAUUGAGAUACUUGAGGAUCAGGGGCAUUUUGUGUGAGAAAUUGCUGGGAACCCAAUUGCGCAACCUAGAACAGUUGAGGACGUUGGAUGUUUCAGGUGAAUUUGGAGGAUAUUUCACGCUGGAUGCUCGUAUGUUACCCUCAACAUUGCAGCAUCUGAAUCUUGAGAAAGGUGUCUGGCUGAAAGGUGGAAUCGGCCGGCUGAGAGACCUCCGUACAUUAUGUGAAUUCGAGAUAGACCUCGGAGAUGAGGGGAGAAUGAAGGAGCUCGGCGAGCUGACUAAUCUCAGGGAGCUGAAGCUCUAUCGGUAUCGGAGUGGUAGUGGAGACACUACUUGUGAUGUUUUACUCUCCUCUCUCUGCAGACUCUGCAAACUUCGGUCCCUAAUCAUCAGAGGACCGAUACACGUCGACCCUGAUUUCUUGACUCGGUGGUCGCCGCCUCCACGCCAUCUCCGCCGUCUACAUUUGUUGGCAUGCCCCUUUUCCACGGUGCCAGCUGAUCUGCUAGCCCAGCUCGGCAGCCUCAGCAGCUUGGAGAUCCGAGUGCUGUCGCUGCCAAGCGAUGGCGCCGACGUUCUUGCCAGGCUGACCUCGCUGGUGCACAUGACGCUUCACGUCCACAACAGUCCCCCACAAGAAGGCAUCGUGGUCCUCCGCCGUGCGGCGUUCCCAAAUCUCAGGAAGCUCUCGUUCCGAUGCGAGGCGCCUUGCCUCGCGUUCGAGCAGGGAACCAUGCCGAGGCUUCGUAGCCUCGUUGUAGAGUGCUACGAGCGAGGAACAAGGCACACUGACGGUGUGCUUGAUGGCAUCGAGCACCUGGGCAGCCUCGACGAGCUGAAGGUGAGUGUCUUCCAGCGCGAGGACUUCCGUUCUCGGUAUGGUUGCCACGCACAAGUCGGGAGAACAGAGAUGGUGCGCCAUCGGAAGUGGGACGGGAGAAGCCUGGAGGCUGCGCUCAAGGAGGCCAUCAGCAAGCAUCCGGGAACGGCGGGAGGUCUUCGUGUUGUCAUCGAGGAAGCAUGAUCAUGGGGAGAUGUACAUUCAGAGAGGCCGAAAUGCAUUCGAAUAUGUUUGUGAAGUUCGAUUGGGAUACGUACCACCGUUGGGCACCUUACACUGCUUGAGCUCUUCAGUACUGCGCGUAUAUACAGAAUACAGCAUUAGAUUGCCUGAAGAGUUUGAUAAAUGAUGAAAGAGGAUCAGAUUUUCAUGGAGAGUUUGUUCUGGAAGCUGCCACCUUCAUGUGUCUGUUUUCAUCCGGGCUAAUCCUAGCAGUGAAGGACAAGUAGUAGACAUGAAUUUCAGCUCAGUGUUUGUCUGUUUUAUUCAUUUUCCUUGAUUCUAAUUUUUGACGGAGAUUAUUAAAACCGGUGUAUGUUAAGAGAACUCAGCAUAACUCUAGUGAUGAUAAGGGUGCUAGAGGAACAUCGUCCAUCAGAUUUGUGUCCCCUGACUCUGAUUCGAGUGCUAAGCAUUUUUCUGUUGAAUAAAUUGACCCGUAGAUGUA